GUGUAUAUAAACUGGUCUGUUUACGUCUGGAGCCAAAACUAUUUACUAAGCAAAUUGAAAAGGUAAGUUGUCUUUGUUUUUUUGUUAAAUAAUACUUUCUAUCGCUUACAAUUGUAACCUACUAUAUAUUUAUCCUUUUUUCAUUUCUAUAUCAGAUUAAAUAAACUGAAACAUCUUAAAUAUGAUCUUAUUGCAGCUGGAUGUACUUUUAACAGCCAUCAAGAUCGUUGGAAGGAAAACAAGAACAACAGUCAAGAAUUUAAAAAAACCACCAGUGAACAAGGAAAAUGAACUCUACGAUGUAUCUAUAUAGUGUCCAAGAAAGAUAUUCUGACGCUUUUGCAAAAAAUUUCACUGUUGUUCUUCUUGCUGUCAUAAUUCUAUCCAUAAAUGGAGUGUUUGUAUUGACAUUUUUUAGGAGUUCAAUUUUCUACAAUGAUCCAAGAUAUAUAUUAUAUAUUCACUUGGUUAUCAAUGAUAUGCUCAUGGUUUUUAUCAGUGUAAUUCUUUCUGUGAUGGCUUAUUUAUGGCAAAAUGUACCUCUCCCUUUCUGUGUUAUACUGCUAAUAAUAGCCUCAACAACUCAUAAAAACACUCCUCUGACUUUGGCCGGGAUGGCCAUUGAGCGUUACAUCGCCAUCUGCAAACCACUGCAUCACCAUCAGAUUUGCACAGUGCGCAGGACGUACAUCCUUAUCACUCUUAUAUGGGGUGCAGGAGUUUUACCUGGUUUGGCUGACUUAAUUCUGCUUUCAAUUGUUCGUCCUUUAUCUAUUUCUUCAACAGCUACUUCUUGUGGUGCAUCAAUUCUGUACAGUUCACCAUACCAUGAAGUACAGUCCCGAUUUAUGAAUGGCCUUUACUCAUCUGUUGUGUGGGUAAUUCUUGUAUUCACGUAUUGUCGAGUGCUGAUUGCUGCCAGAAAGGCCACCACUGAUAAAUCCUCAGCAAAAAAGGCCCAGAGCACCAUCCUGUUACAUGGAGCACAGCUUCUGCUCUGUAUGCUGUCCUACAUUACUGCUGUCAUAGACAAGAUGUUUGUCCCACUUGCACCAGUUGAUCGGGCAAGACUAACCUUUUUAAAUUAUCUUCUAACAAACAUAUUGCCACGACUGCUUACUCCCCUGAUUUAUGGUGUUCGCGAUAAGCAUUUUUACAAACACAUGAAGGCACUUUUUUCAUGCAGAUUAUACAUUGUAAAAGUUGAAUCAAUCAAGGAAUGAGGAAAAAAGGGCAACAUCAUUAGAUGUUUCAUAAAAAUGCACCACAAUUGUUGAUAAAGCAUGCAUAAUUCUUCAUGCUUUUGUAAGUGUACUAGAUGAAUGUUUUGCAACACUGGUGUAAAUGUGAAACCUAAGAACAUGUACUGCCAUGUUGUUAUGCCAUAAAUUAACAGUGUUCUUUAAUUGUCAACAAUACUUUGUUUUACAUGAUUUUUAAAAUGACUAAAUGAAUCCAUGUCUUAAAAUGGCACAUAUGAAAGCAAAGAAAUGUAAGUUAUGUUUACAUUAAAACAUACAGUAAAUAAUUCUGAGCUGGCGGACCAUAAUUAACUGUACAGUGCCCCAAAACUCUAAAUCUUGUGUAGUUUUCCUAUACAGUUGCUUGUAUCACCAAAAUGUUUCAUUUUAGCUGUGUACAAUAAAAAUAGUCCAAAGAUAUGUUAAAACUACAAUUAUGCUUCUGUAAUAAAUGCAAUAUUAUCAACAAAACAAAAUAAUAGUGCAAAAUAAAGUGCAGACAACCGUUUUUUUAAUAUUACCAAAUAUUACCACUCUAAAUUUUUUUAUUCAGUAUGGUUUACUGUCUGUUUAGGUCCAGAGUACAUUAUAUUUAGCUGUGUUAGAAUUUCCCAAAAGGUGAUCUAAAUAUAUUUUACUUUUACAGUGUUGUUCUGAAUUGCAUUCUGUCUUUUUUCUUGUUUUUGAUCGUUUAUUAUUAUUAUUAUUAUUAAUACUUUUAAAUCAUUUUAAUAUAUAUAUAUAUUCCCCUUACGACUCUCUGUUUUCUGCUUUAAUACAAUAUGUUGGAUGAAUACAUUUACAAGGAAGAAGUAUGCUUCAGGGUUGAGAUGUAAACAAUUACAAAACAGGCAAAUCUUAAUCACAGCAACCACAUACAGGUAUCAUUCAGACAAGAUAUGCUGACCCCAUGUGGUAACCCUAAGAAGUUCAAGUACAAAUGACAAUCACCUC